AAGACAGUUAGUUGGGAACGUAUGGAUUUGGUCCUAAAGAAGCUGUGAAGCGUUUUAUAUGCCUAUGGUGGUAUGUUAUGGGGGUUGGGGUAUGUAUUUAAUAUCCAGACGCCGGGCUUCCAACCAACCAGUCAGACGUUUUGCUUAAUUCUUCAAUGCCAAGAAUAUCAAAUACGUCUUCUGAUGCUAAGUGAUUCUCUUGGUUUUUUUUUUUUCUUCCCAAGCAAAAUUCAAAGCCAUAAUCCUCCGUCGUCCAAGUUCUAAUCUUCAACCAAAAUAUUUCCUUCAGAUUUUUCUGUUACUACAUCCCCCGUCCCGCGAGAGCUCUCGUGCUUCCUGGCUAACCUGCUUCAUUUGUAGUUUUAGCUGCGGCUGCUGCUCCAUAGCGAUUACGAGAAAAUACGUAAUAGACCUUUGUUUUUAUCGUCUGCCUGAAUCAUCCCUCGUUUCUCUACUGCAUAGAUUUAGAUAAGGUAAAACUUGAAAAGCCCGAGAAACUUUUUCUCUCUUAAAACUUCUGCAUAGUCUUUCUUCCUUUCUUUCUGUUGUCGGCUUCUCUUUUUUAGCCCAAAAAGGAGGUGCCUGUUCUUGAAAUCUGGAUUUGUCAAGAUGGAAUGCAAGAUGAUUUUGGCCGGCACUUUCGGUAACAUGAAGAAUCUUAACGAAUCAAUGCAGUUCUUGGUAGAAGAAAACUGAUGUCAUUCAUGUUCCUGGAGACUUUGACUCCCGCUUGUUACGUGUACUGAAGAUGGAAAUUAAAGAAACAGAGAAAGUGGCCAUCGCAAAGCCUGUAGCAUCAAGACCUACUUGUUCCGGUUUUAAAUCCUUCUCUGAGCUUCUUGCCGGUGCCAUCAACGCCUCACCCUCUAGCACAUGUUCUGAAGCUGCGGUAACAGCCAUUAGACCGAGGACGGUGAGGUUCAAGCCAGCAGUGGACCAUCCUUCGGCUGGAGUGGCUGCUUCCCAGGCUAAUCUAUGUGGGGCUGCUGUUUCUUCUCCCACUGCUAAGGACUUGAAAGCAGACGGGAAAUGCAAAGUGGUGUACAAACCUAUGGCCAAGCUCGUCUCCAAGACAACAGUUUCUCUCUUGGCAAAUAUGCGAAGUGCCAAUUUAUUUCAGGAACAGGAAUUAGCUGAAGUUGAGGCAAAUUUCCAACUACCAAACCUAGUCAAACCUCAAUGUGACAAUAGAUCAGAGCCUCAUCAGAAUUUCCUAUCCGCGGCACAAAAGAAUAAAAGAGUUGAACCCUCGAAUGUGACAACACAGAACCUGGAGGAGGAUCAGAGAUCGUUAGCGCACACGGCAAAUGGGGAUCGUCCUUCUUAUGAUGGAUAUAAUUGGAGGAAGUACGGACAAAAGCAGGUUAAAGGAAGCGAAUAUCCAAGAAGUUAUUACAAGUGCACACAUCCAAAUUGUCCUGUGAAAAAAAAGGUUGAGAGAUCAUUAGAUGGUCAGAUUGCAGAAAUUGUCUACAAGGGUGAGCAUAGUCAUCCGAAGACGCAGCCUGUAAGACGUAACUCCUCCGAUGGACAUUGGCAAGGAACUUCCGGGAAUGAAUCAAACAAUCCCCUAUGCAGAAACCAACAUAGUGACAAGAAUGAAUGUUAUGAAGGCACCAUGGAAAAUCCAAAUGAAUUUGGUUUUUUAGCCCAUUCAAGUUAUUCGGGAGGAGCUCCAUCAUGCAUGCACCCUACAAAUGGAGACCUUGAUAAUUCAUCUUGCCACAGCGGGGAGUUUGACGAAGGGAGGGAGGGACUGGAGGGAGAGACGGAGGGACCGAAAAGGAAAAGAAGGAAAAACGACAACCAAUCGAAUGUAGCAGGCACAGCAGCUGAAGGAGCACAAGAGCCUCAGGUUCUUGGUCAAAACUCCACUGAUUCUGAAAUCAUAAGAGAUGGAUUUCGCUGGAGAAAGUAUGGGCAAAAAGUUGUGAAGGGAAAUCCAUAUCCAAGGAGUUACUAUAGAUGUACCAGUCUCAAGUGCAAUGUGCGCAAAUAUGUGGAGAGAACGUCGGAUGAUCCAAAUGCCUUCAUGACGACUUAUGAAGGAAAGCACAACCAUGAGAUGCCGACAAAAAGCACAAGUUCUUUGGCGGCUAAAACUAGUACAAAGGCCUUAGGUACCAAAAAAAUAUAUCUUGAUUAGCUCAUUGGGAGAGGGCUAAAUUUCCAAGGCAAUAGUUGGUACAUGGAAGUGAGGAGGUCAUAGGGCUCAUAAGGGUCUUCAAUUGGAGGUUUUGUGGCAGAAUCAACUUAAUAGUUGCUGCUUGUUGUGGGAAGACUUUAGUGUUUUAUCUGCUUUAAUUCGCGGUGAAUCCAAUGAUAGAUAAGUAGUGUCGGUAUACCAGAAUGGCAGGCUAAGCGAGAAUAUCUCCUUAGACAAACGAAAUACCAUGCCAUCUCGCGUCAUUUAGCAGUAUUUGUGUCGGCUCCGGCGAGAUCUGUGUUGCACUGUUUUCGAAUAGUGUGAAGGAAAACACAGCGUGCUGCAUAGUCUUCUGCAUACACGAAUUUGUAGUCUGUAUUCGGUCAAUUCCUGACAGUAGAAAGCUUAUUUGGUAUUGUCAUCAAAAUCAGCAGAUGUAAUCUUGAUAAUGAUGUGCUUGCAUGAUGAUUUCCAAGUUCUUGAUUGGGUGAACCUACUAACUAAUCAAGAGCUAGAACAUGUUAGAAUUUUGUGACUGUAGUUUUACCAGAGGAUUCUGUCACCGCGUGAAGGACCUGUAGUAGCUAAUUAUUACCUCAAAUCAAGGUUGCCUCUUCCGGCGCAACCUAAUUAUAUGU